AAAAAAAUCACUUUUAGUUCCAGGCACAUCGCAUGCGGUCGGCUUUUGUUUUCAUCAGUCAACUAAUUUAAAUUUGCAGCUAAUAUUUCUGUACUUAUUAUUUAUUUUUUAACAAAUAAAGUUAUAUCGAAGUUAUGUCGAAACCACAAUACAAAGUUGCUGAUAUUAGCUUGGCUGAAUGGGGUCGUAAGGCAAUCAUAAUUGCCGAAAAUGAAAUGCCAGGUCUUAUGGCUUGCCGCCAGAAAUACGGACCAUUGAAGAUAUUGAAAGGUGCCCGUAUCGCUGGAUGUCUUCAUAUGACCGUCCAAACAGCUGUCCUCAUUGAAACUCUAGUUGAACUAGGAGCUGAGGUACAAUGGUCAAGUUGCAACAUUUUCAGUACCCAAGACAAUGCCGCCGCUGCUAUUGCCGCUGCAGGUAUUCCAGUCUACGCAUGGAAGGGCGAAACUGAUGAGGAAUACUCUUGGUGCAUUGAACAAACAAUUAUGUUCAAGGACAAUCAACCAUUGAACAUGAUUCUCGAUGAUGGUGGUGAUCUUACAAAUCUAGUUCACGAAAAAUACCCACAAUUCUUGAAGCAAAUUCGUGGAUUGAGCGAAGAAACCACCACUGGAGUUCAUAAUUUGUAUAAAAUGUUCAAAGAAGGUCGCCUCGGUGUGCCAGCUAUUAAUGUCAAUGAUUCCGUUACAAAGAGUAAAUUCGACAAUCUUUAUGGUUGCCGUGAGUCUCUGAUUGAUGGUAUCAAGCGUGCCACAGAUGUCAUGAUUGCCGGCAAAGUGUGCUGCGUGGCUGGAUACGGUGAUGUUGGCAAGGGAUGUGCUCAAGCUCUUCGUGCCUUUGGUGGACGUGUUAUCAUCACCGAAGUUGAUCCUAUCAUCGCUCUGCAAGCUGCUAUGGAAGGUUAUGAAGUCACUACAAUGGAUGAAGCCAGCAAAGAAGCCACAAUUUUCGUCACAACAACUGGUUGCGAAUCCAUCAUCCUCAGUCAGCAUUUCCUCAACAUGAACGACGAUUCUAUUGUUUGUAACAUUGGUCAUUUUGAUUGUGAAAUCGAUGUUGAUUGGCUAAACAAGAAUGCCAAGGAGAAGAUCAACAUUAAGCCACAAGUUGACCGAUACACUUUGUCCAAUGGCAGACAUAUCAUUUUAUUGGCCGAAGGACGUCUCGUCAAUUUGGGUUGUGCUCAUGGACAUCCCAGUUUUGUUAUGUCCAAUUCGUUCACAAAUCAAGUUCUUGCCCAGAUCGAACUAUGGACUAAGGCUGAUCAAUAUGAAAUCGGAGUGCAUAUGUUGCCAAAGAUUCUCGACGAAGAAGUUGCCAGUUUGCAUUUGGAGAAAUUAGGUGUUAAGUUGACUAAAUUGACUGAAAAACAAUCAAAAUACCUUGGAGUACCCCAGACUGGACCAUUCAAACCAAGUCACUAUAGAUAUUAGGUUAUUAAUAUGGCAUCCUAUUUUGUUUGUGUUCUAAGAAGAAUGGAUUAUUUUUGAUGAAAAUAAAAUAUUAUAAAAGAUGAAAAAAUUGAC